CGCUUCCUGUGACGCAGUGAGAUUUUAAAACAUUGUCCUUCUCAGUAAUGGCGGCUUCGUUCCCUUCGCUUUCGCUAAAUAACAAUAAAUGGUACUUCACGCGCGAACAAAUCGAAAACAGCCCAUCUCGCCGAGCGGGACUUGAUCCCGACAAAGAGCUCUCGUACCGACAGCAAGCUGCUAAUCUGCUGCAGGACAUGGGACAGCGGCUCAACGUGUCUCAACUUACAAUUAACACUGCCAUUGUGUAUAUGCAUCGGUUCUACAUGAUCCAGUCCUUCACUCGCUUCCACCGUAAUGUGAUUGCUCCUGCAGCUCUCUUUUUAGCCGCGAAAGUGGAAGAACAGCCCCGCAAGCUAGAGCAUGUGAUUAAGGUGACCCAUGCAUGUCUCAAUCCUCAGGACCCGUCACCAGACAUCAGGAGUGAUACAUACCUGCAACAAGCCCAAGACCUGGUCAUUCUUGAGAGCAUUAUACUCCAGACCCUGGCUUUUGAGAUCACCAUUGAUCAUCCCCACACACAUGUUGUCAAGUGUACCCAGCUUGUGCGAGGUGAGAACCACCUGCUCACUAUAAACUGUGCUUCGUAUUGCUCAGUUAUGGGUACUUCUAGCUCACCAAGAUCAAAGAUUUCACGUCUUGAUUAUGAGCUUCCCUUUAUUGUUCCAGCGAGUAAGGACUUGGCUCAAACCUCAUAUUUCAUGGCAACAAACAGUCUCCACUUGACUACAUUCUGCCUGCAGUACAGCCCUCCCAUCGUAGCUUGUGUUUGUAUUCAUCUGGCUUGCAAAUGGUCCAACUGGGAGAUUCCAGUUUCCACAGACGGCAAGCACUGGUGGGAGUAUGUUGACCCCACGGUGACCCUUGAGCUGUUGGAUGAGCUCACUCAUGAGUUCCUGCAGAUCUUGGAGAAGACGCCCAGCCGCUUAAAACGCAUCAGAAACUGGAAAGCUGCAGGACAAACUACCAAGAAAUCAAAAUUGCAAGAUGGUGAUCAGUCAGAAGCCAUUUUGAACAUGAUCUCCAUGGCAUCAUCCGACAGUACAUUGGCCGGGCUGAUGAGCCUCUCCGCCCCACCCUCCGGUUCCUCCAUGGACUCCUCCGCUGACGACCACAGCGUUGCUCCCUCAUCCCAACACUGGCAGCCUCCUGCCAAGGAGCAGCCCACCACCAAUGAGCUUCAUGCGCCUGCUAAGUUGUCUCUGAAUGAGUAUCGGGUGAAGCACGCAGACGAGCUGGCGGCGCAGAAGCGGAAGUUGGAGAACAUGGAGGCUAGUGUGAAACAGGGAUACGCCACUGCCACCCAGGCCCUCAUGAACCAGCAGAGGAAGGAGAAGCACCAUCACCACCAGCAGUCCAGCUCUAGUUCCUCAGACCUAAACAACCCCUCACCUAUCGUCCUGAAGAUCCCACUGGACGAGCGAACGGAACGGCGUUCCAUAAAAAUGCGCUUGGCAGUGCCAGGCCAAUCAAGCAGCGGCGGGAACAGCAGCAGUAGCAGCAGUCGAGGAUCCGAGCCGGAUAUUAAAGUGCGGAUUCGGGUUCCAGAAAGGCGUAGCGGGUCCGGAGAAGACGGGAAAAGUCGCGAGAAGCACCGAGAGCGGUCCAACCACCAUCACCAUCACCACCACCACUCCUCCUCUUCCACCACCGGCUCUUUAUCAGCAUCGUCUUCCUCAUCCUCAGCACAAAAACACUCGAGUUCUGCCAGCGCUUCAGGAAGUAGCAAAAAGGUCUCAGGUGACUCUAUGCGAACGAGUUCUUCGUCAUCCUCAUCCCGAAAAAGGACCCACCUGCCAGAUCCUUCUUCUGGCAGCCAUUCCUCGAAAGUCAGCAAAUCGUCCAGAAACUCAUUUCAGUUGCCGACGCUUCCUGGAGUGCCCUCCCACGCGAUGGGUCAGGGGUCCGACAUCCUUCCCUCGCUGAGCCUCUCACACCAUCAGGGAAACUAUUCACACUCCAAGUUGGACAAAGCCGACACGAACGGGCACAAUACGGGCAGCCAGUCCAACGAGUACCAGGACACGUUUGACAUGUUGAACUCGCUGCUCAGUGCGCAGGGGGUGCAGCCGGCGCAACCUCAGAUGUUUGACUAUCGCUCUCAGUACGGAGAGUAUCGGUAUAGCAGUAGCGCUCGUGGAGGAACCCAAGCACCACCUUUACCCUCAGAACCACCUCCACCUCUGCCGCCACUGCCCAAAUAAACCCCUUUCCGCUCAUCCGUCCACAUACGCUGAUCAAAUCAGUCGUCUUGGGAACCCUGGGUUCCUUUUGUGCAUCUAACUUGGUGAUAUUGAGUUUGACAGCAGAGUAAUGUAAGGCAAAAAAUGUACCUGGUGAAUCUUUGCCCUCAUGUUGUCUUGCGUUUUGUGCGAGCGAGUGUGUUCACAACACCCAUCUGUGGCAAUAAUGUUAUAAUAGAACAAAAUAUUGCAAAAAAAAAAAAAAGCAAAAAUGUUAUUUAUUGAAAAAAAAAUUGUACAUGCUAUUUUUGAUGUUGCUCAGUUUUAUAUCAGCUCUAACAGAAAAGCAUAAUGGAAUUAAGGGUAUGUAUUACUGAAUGAGAGGGAUCCAUUGUCCUCUUUAAAAAAAGUAAAUGCAAAAAGGAAAAUGUUUUUGUUUAAUGUAUGGAUUUAAGUCUUGCUAACAAUAUAUGUCUUUUUUAUCGAGUAUGGUAUUUAUUAUUAGCCUUUU